AUGGCUUCUCCUUCUUCCUCUGUUUCAUCAUCAAUCAAAGCAAGCUUAUCCGCGGCCGCCUCCGCGGCCGCCGCCAUCAUGGUCGCCCGAUCCGUGGCUCAGGACUUCCUCCCCGACGAAUUCCACGACUACCUCUCCUUCUACAUCCGCAAAUUCCUCAGCCAAUUCUCCUCCCAGCUCACCAUGGUCGUCAACGAAUUCGACGACCGGCUGGUCCCCAACCAAAUCUACGACGCCGCCGAGACCUACCUCGCCAGCAGGAUCAACCCGUCGACGAAGCGGCUCAACGUCAGCCAGCCGGACAAGGAGAACACGAUUCAGAUCAGGAUGGAGAGCCACGAGGAGGUUGCCGACGAGUUCGAGGGCGUGAAGUUCAACUGGAUCCUGCGAUCCAAGAAAAUCCAGUCCCCACCGAGGAGGAGGCUCGGAUCAUCGCGGCGCGAUGACGACGACGAUUUAUUAAUGCUCUCCCACGCUAAGUUUUUCGAGGUCAGUUUCCCCAAACAGCACCAGGAAAUGGCGGUGAAAUCCUACUUCCCCCACAUCGUCAGGGAAGCCAGGGCGAUGAAGCAGGAGAAGAGGACGCUCAAGAUCUUCACCGUGGAGCCGGACAAUCUUUACGGGGACAUCUCCGAGGUGUGGACGGGGGUAAAUCUCGACCAUCCGGCGACAUUCGAUACUCUGGCUCUCGAUACAGAGCUCAAGAACAAUAUCCUGACGGACCUGGAGCGGUUCGUCAAGAGGAAGGACUACUACAAGCGAGUCGGGAAAGCGUGGAAAAGAGGCUACUUGUUGUACGGCCCUCCGGGGACGGGCAAAUCGAGCCUGAUCGCCGCGAUGGCGAACUACCUGAAUUUCGACGUCUACGACCUCGAGCUGACCGAAUUGAGGGAGAAUUCCGAGCUCAGGAAGCUGAUCAUCGCGACCGCGAACCAGUCGAUUUUGGUGGUGGAGGACAUCGACUGCACGGUCGAUUUUCAGGAUCGGUCCUCCGCCGCCGGCGCCGCGGAGAAUUCGAAUUCGAAUUCGAGCCAGAGGCGGCACGUGACGCUGUCCGGGUUGCUGAAUUUCAUCGACGGGCUGUGGUCGAGCUGCGGCGACGAGCGGAUCAUAGUGUUCACGACGAAUCACAAGGAGAAGCUGGAUCCGGCGCUGCUGCGGCCCGGGAGGAUGGAUAUGCACAUCAAUCUGUCUUACUGUACUCCUUGUGGGUUCAGGAUUCUGGCUGGAAAUUACCUUGGGGUGAAGGAUCAUGAGCUGUUUGAUGAGAUCGAGGGGCUGGUUUCUGAGGCAGAGGUGACUCCGGCUGAAGUGGCGGAGCAGCUGAUGAGGAAUGACGAUGAUGGUGAUUCGGGAGGUGUGCUUGCUAGGCUGAUUGAGUUUCUGAAGUUGAAGAAGGAUGAAGAGAAAGGAGAAGUGGAAAGGAAGAGCGGAGAGAUGCAAGAGAUUGGGGACAGUGGAUCGAGCAGCGGCAGUGAUGACGAAGACUAA